AUGUCGGCCAACGACAAAUUCGGUAACGAUAUCCCCGAGUCGGAUUCAGACUCCGGCGAGUCCCAGGUCGAUAUCCAUGAUUCCGACAACGACCUCCUCGACAAGCCCAAGUCGGCCCUGAAGAAGAGCGCCCCUGCCCCAGUUGUCCAGAGACCACCUCUGCCCCCUCAAACAGACCCCAAGGACCUCGACAUCAAGAGCCUUACCCCCCUCACAGCCGAGAUUAUUGCGCGGCAAGCGACCAUCAACAUCGGUACUAUCGGCCACGUCGCUCACGGAAAGUCCACAGUCGUCAAGGCCAUCUCUGGCGUCCAGACCGUUCGUUUCAAGAACGAACUGAUCCGCAACAUUACCAUCAAGCUGGGUUAUGCCAACGCCAAGAUCUACAAGUGCGAUAGCCCAGAAUGCCCAAGGCCGACAUGCUACAGGAGCUACAAGAGCGAGAAGGAGGUUGACCCUCCUUGCGAGCGUGAGGGCUGCACAGGAACUUACAGACUGUUGCGCCAUGUCUCCUUUGUUGAUUGCCCCGGUCACGAUAUUCUCAUGAGUACCAUGUUGUCAGGUGCCGCCGUCAUGGACGCCGCCCUUCUUCUCAUUGCCGGUAACGAAUCUUGCCCUCAGCCUCAAACCUCUGAGCAUUUGGCCGCCAUCGAGAUUAUGAAGUUGGACAAGAUCAUCAUUCUCCAGAAUAAGGUCGAUCUUAUGAGAGAAGAGGCUGCCAAGCAGCACCACGAGUCUAUUCUCAAGUUCAUCAGAGGCACAGUCGCUGGCAAGUCGCCGAUUAUCCCCAUUUCGGCCCAGCUCAAGUUCAACAUCGACGCCAUCAACGACGCUAUCGUCAAUACCAUCCCCAUCCCUCCUAGGGAUUUCUCCAUGGACCCCCACAUGAUCGUCAUUCGGUCGUUCGACGUCAACAAGCCCGGUGCCGAGAUUGAGGAGCUUAAGGGUGGUGUUGCUGGUGGUUCCGUUCUUCACGGUCUGCUCAAGCUCGGUGACGAGAUUGAGAUCCGCCCCGGCAUCGUUACUCGCGACGAGAGGGGUGAUCUCAAGUGCACGCCCAUUUUCAGCCGUAUUGUGUCUCUCAACUCUGAGGCCAACGAGCUGAAGUACGCCGUUCCCGGCGGUCUUAUUGGUGUCGGUACCCGCAUCGACCCUACCCUCUGCAGAGCCGAUCGUCUUGUCGGUUUCGUCCUCGGUCUCAAGGGCCGCCUCCCCGACAUCUACAGUGAGAUCGAGGUCAACUUCUACCUCCUCCGCCGCCUCCUCGGUGUCAAGACGGCCGACGGCAAGCAGGCCAAGGUCGACAAGCUUGCGAAGAACGAGGUUAUCAUGGUCAACAUUGGUUCCACCUCCACCGGUGCCAAGGUUGUUGCCAUCAAGAAGGAUGCUGCCAAGCUCCAGCUUACAUCUCCUGCUUGCACAAAGAUUGGCGAGAAGGUUGCGCUUAGCAGACGUAUCGAGAAGCAUUGGCGUCUCAUUGGUUGGGCUACCAUCGCUGCUGGCGUAACGGUCGAGCCCGUCACCGCUUAA